AUGAAACAGCUUUUUCGUGAUUACGAAGUGCAUAAAAGACUUGUUCAAAUAAUAUUUUCAACAACAUUCGCAUUAUCUUGCACGAUGUUCGAACUGAUAAUUUUCGAAAUUAUUGGUUUCAUGGAACCUAGCUCAAGGUUCCUGCAUUGGAAAUUAGGCUUGCAUUCAAUAUUAUUUGUGUUGAUUGUUGCUCUUCCUCUUUAUUUCUCUUUUUCAAGAAAGUGGAUAAUACCUUUGACUGUGGUCUCAUGGAUUAUAUUCAUAUACUUCUUCUGGAAAAUUGGUGAUCCAUUUCCGAUUUCAAGCUCCAAGCAUGGUAUUUUUUCAAUUGAACAAGCAGUUUCACGAGUGGGUGUCAUUGGAGUAACGGUAAUGGCAGUACUUUCCGGAUUUGGUGCUGUCAAUGCCCCCUAUUCUUAUAUGACAAUAUUUAUGCGACCUGUUGGAAAAGCACAGAUAUCGCAAAUGGAGCGUAAACUUACACAUACUAUGGAAAUGAUUGUAGCAAAAAAAAGGCGACUUUGUAUGUUGGAAAAGGAAAUCGCAUUAACUGCUUUUACGCAUGGUACACUGAUUUUCAGUUUGCUGAACUCAGAAAUAUUGCCUCUAGAAGAAUUCAGUAGAUAUCUUUUCCUAGAAAUUGUCGAACUGCGAAAUAUGAGGGAACGUAUUGAGUACAGCAAAACUUGGCAAGGUCAGUAUUUCAAUGUAGUGGGGCAUUUCUUCUCAUUGUAUUGUUUGUGGAAAAUCCUAAUCUGUACUGUUAACAUUGUUUUUGAUCGAGUUGGUAAAGUGGAUCCAGUUACAAGAGGAAUCGAGAUAGCUGUAAAUUAUAUGGGGUUUGAGCUAGAUAUCCGAUUUUGGUCGCAACAUAUUUCGUUUCUGCUGGUGGGUGUUAUCGUGAUUACUUCAAUACGAGGCCUUUUAAUAACAUUAACGAAAUUUUUUUACAUGAUUUCAAGUAGCAAGUCAUCAAACCUGAUUGUUCUCAUACUCGCCCAUAUCAUGGGUAUGUACUUUGUAUCGAGCGUAUUACUUAUGCGAAUGAACAUGCCCCAUCAGUAUAGGUCUAGCAUAACCGUUGUUUUGGGAGAUUUGCAAUUUAAUUUUUAUCAUCGAUGGUUUGACGUUAUGUUUCUUAUCUCAGCUUUAGUUAGUAUUGCUUUCCUAUGUGCCAUAGGUUUUUCACAGUUUGAUCACUAA